AUGCUCGCCAUCGAAACAGUGACUCUUGCUUCAGGCCAACGGCUUCCGUUAACUGUCGCCAAUACCCAGCAUCAUCAUGAUCUUGACUGCACCAACCAACCAACAAAAGAUUAUGAUACAGACAUUCUUUAUGACGCUCAGUCUGGACAGACAGCUCCACGCCCCGCCGUUGUCAUUCCGGAUGAUCGCACGGUCUUGCUCACUGUCAGAGUCAGGGUACCUCAAGAACUCCAGCAAGGUCCGAUCGUGCUUUCUACAGACCAGAGUCGCAGUACAUAUUAUUCAAGCUGCGACUUUGGAACUGACCCGGAUCCCGAUAUAGUCGUAUGCAGUAUGAUGGUGGUUGGCCCGGGUGCUUGGAACCCUGGUAGCCUUCUAGGCCCAACUCAAUUCUACGUGUACAAUUAUCCAGGGAGUAGUAUGUCACCAGUUCUCUAUCAAGAACAACCAGCCAAGGUCCCCAUGGAACUCUAUUCCCUGUCAAAUGAGCUUCCGUCGUAUUUUGAUUCCGGAGUUCCACUUCUACUGCUACAAAUGUUCAUCGGCGCGGCAACACAGCGAAACAUUACGAAUGUACAGCAGUGGAUGGAACUAGUCGUCAAAAUAUGUCACGGUUCUGCCGAGCCCCUCACGGGAGAGCCAGCAAACACACAAGACCAUUGGCUCAAAUAUAACACUACUGGUGGCGCCCCCAGCUUCAUACAGUCCAACAAAAUCAACCCAGAUCCAAUUCCGGUCUUGAACUCUUUUUCAGACUACGGUGGCUGCUUUCAGCUAUCAGCAUGGCUCGAUGCUUACAGGAACUUCAAGCAGUCUGGAGCUCUGACUCUUGUCAACUGUUUUGAUCAAGCAGGUGCCGUGGAACUGGCAGCAUCUCUUGGCGUUAACUAUGCCUGCAUGGCUUGGGAGCUCCAUCAACCAUAUGGAUACAUAUCCAAAAAAGCAGAGCUUGUUGGCUGGGGACACUGUAACAAUCCCUACUUCAACAAAAACCCCAAGUAUAAGGUGCUUGGAGAAAAGGACCCCGCCCGACUACCAUUUGCGAGACAUGUGUUUUUGUCAUGGAACCCAGAGUUCGACCCAUCGAGUGCCUUCUAUUUCGAUAAGACGGACCCUUCCACGUAUAUGGACUUCAACAUGCUGGCACUGGAUGCAUGUGCCGGCCCACAUCUGGGAAAUGAGACUCGAGGAGUGUGGGUGAGCCCAACUUCAUACCCGCCUGGCUAUACCGACAACUCGACAUACUGGAAAACUCGCGAUGACCAGUAUCCUGAUAACGCCUCCACGCAAUUCGCCGAUUUGACCGACAGACAUUUCUGGACUCCUGGUAUUACCGGCCUCUCGUCCGAUGACGCUCAGCGGUCAUACGGGCCUCUUCCUGCCGACCCCUUCGCUGGAAGUGGAAUAACAUUCCCAACAGCUGCUGACUUCCCAGAUUCGACCUUGGUACUGGGUGGUAGCGUAUCCGAUCUGCAAAGUUACUUCAAACAAGCUCUGAUCCAAGCCAAGCCCGACACUAGCGACUGGAAGUCGGUGCCCAUCGCCGACGUUCUGCUUCCCGAAAAUACCGGCGUUAUACUUGAGACAAAGCUGUACGACCCCAAACAGCCUGCGUUUGACUAUGCUUCCCUCAAGAUAUCCGUUCUGCCGAGUCUCUCUGAUGCACUUGCUCAUCAGAGGGCUCGGGCUACUCAGGUUAUUAUAACAAGCACUAUGGCCGCGAGUGACUUCACGCCUAGCCUAAGCUCUCAGGCUUCCACCAGAAGGAUCCAUAUACUGCAGGCGGAUUAUACUAGUAUGCUAGUGUGCCUUAACCUCAUGAUUGAAAUUAGUGGUUAUAUCGGCGAGGAGAUAGUGCAAGGGCUAAGUAACACAAUGGCGGAACAGCUUGAAGAUCUUCCAAGUGUGCCAAGCAGCCAGUGGCAGCAAAUUUUACAGUAA